AUGGCCGACUUCUCUGAGUUUAAGGGUCCCAGUGCAGAAUGGCUUGUUCUGGAUCCAGAUAUACCUCCAAGGUCCGAUCUCUCAGUCGAAGAGCUGAAACGUGUCACGAAUGACAACCGGGAGGAGUCUGCGGCGCAAGCCAUGGUCAACGAAGGCCUUAGACGAAAAGUUCAAAUCCAAGACUACAGCAUUAUUGCUCGGGAUGGAGAACCCCUUCAAGGACGUAGCUAUCGCCCAGCUGGAGUCCCUUUAUCCCAGCCGCUUCCAGUUUAUAUUCAUCUCCAUGGUGGGGGCCAUCUUUUCGGGACCCUCGCAUCUGAGGACGCCACUUGUUCUCGCAUCGUUGCUUCUGUCACUGAGAAAGGCGUGCCACUCGUCGUAUUCAACAUCAACUACCGCCACACCCCAGAGCACCGCUACCCAACAGGCUGGAAUGAUGUUGAAGAUGCCUUCGUCUGGGUACAUGAAAACAUUGUCGAGAUUGCUGGCCUCGUUGACCAAAUCGCAGUGGGCGGUAUUUCAGCUGGAGCCCAGCUAGCCGCAUCCUUGACACUUUCGCAGCUCCACGGUGAGAAUAAGCGGCUGUCUGCCUGUCCAAAAAUACAGGGACAGGUGUUGAUGAUCCCCUGGCUUGUGCAGAUGGACUCGUACGCUCCUCGGCAAGAGAUGUUGCGCAGUCCUGAAUUAUCAAGUCUUGUGCAGUGUGCCAGGGCACCAAUUCUACCCACCAGCCAAAUUCAGCUGUUCAGCUCACUUCUUGGUGUCGACGGACUCGACUAUGCUGCCAAUUAUCGCAAACUAAACCCUGGAAACGCAACUGCAGAGGAAGUGAAGGAUCUGCCUCCCACGGCCUUUGGAGUCGCGGGCAAUGAUCCGCUCCGCGAUGAGGGUCUCUUCUAUGCAAAACUCCUUAGUGAGAAUGGGGUUCCAACCAAUAUCAACGUCUUUCGUGGACUACCUCAUGGAUUCAGACGCUUUGGACACCGACUGGCAGCCAGUAAAAGGUGGGACAAUGUCAUGAGUGACGCUAUUAUCUGGGCACUGAGCAAGCCCUCUGCUAAUUUUUUCGAGAUAAAAGCGGAUUGA